AUGGUACAAUUGAUAGAUGAUCUGUUCCGCAUGCGGAUGCUGAUAGCCGGCAUUUAUCUCGCGCUUGGCAUUUCGUCCAUGUACGGUUUCAGCAUCUUCACGGAUCAUCUGCGGAACAAGUACGGGUAUUCGCAGAGCGAAAUCACGACAAUCAGCACGGUCGGGAUUUGCGUGGGCUACUGCGGGUUUCAUGCCGGAGUGCUGUUUGACUACGUGGGUCCCACAGUCCUGCUUCCGCUUGGGGGUCUCUUUGGAUGCCUGGGCUUUGUUCUGUUUGGGAUGACAUUUGACGGCACAAUUACCACAUCGAGCGUGGCGCUCUUUGCUCUUUACCAGGGAAUCACCUCCCUUGGCCUUCCGAUGAUGGAUGUUUCUUCCGUCAUGUCGCUGAUGCUGCAGUUCCCCUUGGAGCGCGGCUAUGUGGUACUGAUCAUGAAGACGUUUAAUGGGCUUGGAACCGCUGUGCUGAUGGCGUAUUUCAACGGCUGGUUCAAGGCGGCGAACUCUGAUCAACCUGAGGAGAACAACUACUCCGGCUACGCGUACUUUACUGGGGGACAGAUUCUGCUGUGCUCUCUCAUCGGCGCGUGCUUCACGCGGUUGCCGACGUACUUUCCGUGCUCGUGGACAAAAAAGCGUCUGAGCAGUGAGGAGGCCGCGGAGCGGGAGAAAACGCUUGACCUGUACAUGAGCCAGCAUGUCUGUGGGGAGUGCUGUUGGACGCAUGGCCAUGGGGUAUCUCGAUAUGAAGUUGUCCGCGUUACAGCGUGCAGGCAAGACAAGGACACUGACGACCAUUGCACUUCCCAUUGGCUCCCUGUUGUUGGUGGUGGCGCACUUCCUCUUUGCCGUGCUACCGGGGAAUGUGCUGCUGCUGCCGUUUUUGCUUGGAGCCAUGGGCAACGGCGUUGGCUGGGGUGUGGGCGUGAUCGCUUUACGGAUUAUGUACUCUGA